AAGGCCCGGCCGGCGCAGGCGCAGUUCUCCCUUGGAGCUGAGGCUGGGGCUGGAGCGGCAUGCGAUGUCGGGGCCGGGCCUAGUGGCGGGCGAGGUGGCGGUGGACGCGCUGCCCUACUUCGACCAGGGCUAUGAGGCGCCGGGAGUCCGGGAGGCGGCGGCGGCGCUGGUGGAGGAGGAGACGCGGCGGUACCGGCCCACCAAGAACUACCUCAGCUACCUGCCUGCCCCCGACUACAGCGCCUUCGAGACUGAAAUAAUGAGGAAUGAGUUUGAGCGUCUUGCAGCCCGACAGCCCAUAGAACUGCUGAGUAUGAAGAGGUACGAGCUGCCUGCACCUUCCUCUGGGCAGAAGAAUGACAUCACAGCAUGGCAAGAAUGUGUCAAUAAUUCUAUGGCUCAGCUGGAGCACCAGGCAGUCCGAAUUGAGAAUUUGGAGUUGAUGUCUCAGUACGGCUGCAAUGCGUGGAAAGUAUAUAAUGAGCAUUUAGUUCAUAUGAUUGAACAGGCACAAAAAGAGCUACAGAGUUUGAGAAAACACAUUCAGGACCUUAACUGGCAGCGGAAGAACAUGCAGCUCACUGCAGGUGCUAAACUUCGGGAGAUGGAAUCCACUUGGGUGUCUCUUGUCAGUAAAAAUUAUGAGAUCGAACGAACUAUUGUGCAGCUGGAAAAUGAAAUUUCUCAAAUUAAGCAGCAACAUGGCGAGGCAAACAAAGAAAACAUCCAGCAGGACUUCUAAGACCAGCCUCUGCCUUUCCUGCCAAACACAAAACUGCCUAAAGCCUAUGCAUGGCUUUAGAUUUCAAUUUCUUUCUCUCUGUGUAUAGUGAAACAGAAGCCAUCAUCUGUGUUAGAUGCUGGCUUUGCUGUAGAACAAACUGAUUAUGAGGAGCAGAGACAGUUUCUUAAAACAGUUUUAUUCCACUCCCAGAUUUAUGGCAUGAAUAUUGUGUGGGAUUUUGUGUUUUUUUUUUACAAAGGAUCAUUUGUACAUUUUUUGAAAUAUCUAAAAAUAAACAACCUUAUAUAUGAUAAGUA